CGAAAUUGAAAUUUGCAAAAGUGCAAGAUCAUCUUGUCAGGGACUUAAAACGAUGGCCUGCAUGUCGUGGCUUAACCGUGUCAGAAUCGAAGAAUGCAUUGCAAGUGGUAAUAAUAAAAAAAUGUUCAUUGGAAUUGAUGGUGGUAAAUGUCUAGCGGAUAAACAGCAACGCAUGAAAUUACUCAAUCCAACUAUACCAAGUUCAACAUCCUGCACUUUUCCUACUACAAACUGGGCAAAUUUUCCAUCCCAAGCUAUCCCUCGUUCUUUUUGCUAUGCUAUCAUGUAUAAUUAUAUCACUACCCGUCCUAUUGAUACUUUAGAUUUGAAUGCUACUUUAUCUGACGAUGAUGAAUAGCUUCCGAAUUGUGGAAACCGAAAGCACUUCAAAGAGGAAGACAAUAUUGUUUGAGUGACUUUGUGUCAAAUAUGGAAGAUAAUGCGAAUGAUUUGGUAUAUUACUUAAGACCAGAUGUACAAUCUUCUUUUCGAGUCACUGUGAAGUAUAAAAUAAGUAUAGCUCCUAUUCUCACUUGCACUCAGUUGGACAGCU